AUGGCGGCGGAGGCGCAGCCCCAAAUCGUGGUCGAGGUGGCCGACCAACCACCUUCGCCGAGACGACCGAGCCGCGCGUUGAAACCGAGCGCGAAAGCUCGCGAAGCCAUGCAAUCGCUCGAGGACGUGGCUACCACGUCGAGGAGAGCGGCGAGCGAGUACCACGCGGGCGGUUACGACGCGAGGAGCACGCGCGUCUGGGAUUCUAUAUGGAGCCAACAGCCGGAUCGAGACGGGGAAGUCAGGUAUACAGAUGCUCCUGGAGGCGAUCAACGAACAACGAGACGAAAUGUACCGAAUGAUUACCGAGCAGCGAAACACGAUUGGCGAACUACGCGAGACACCAGGACCCAGCUGUCUGAAGAACUGAGACAAGCGCGGGAUCAGAUUGAUACCCUUCAACGCAACCCGGUAGCCAUGGCUUCGUCCCAACCAAGCGCAAGAGGGUCAUACGCCGAAGUCGCUCGCACCCCACCAUCAAGCCAGGCCAAGCGAGUGGAGGAGAAAGAGAAGGGAAACGUCCAGGUGGCGGACAUUAGAAAGGCAAUCGAGACAGAGGCCAGGGCACAGGAAAGCAUGGGAGACUGGCGUUGCGCUGCGGUUGUGAAGGAGGCCCGAAACCCGGACCGAGUCAGAGUAAUUUGCAGGGACGAAGGCGAGGUCCAGCUCGUCAAGGAAGCGGCAGAGAAGAUCAGUGUUCCUGGAGUGCGGGUAUUGAGAGACCAGUUGUACCCGGUGAGGGUAGACAAUGCCAACCGAACAGCGGUCCUCGAUGCGGACGGAAACAUCCUGCCGGGAGCCGCAGAGGCGCUAGGGACAGAGAACGACGUCAACAUUGCGAAGAUUGCCUGGCUCAGCAGGAAGGAUACAAGCAAGGCCUACGGCUCGAUGGUUGUCUACGUGACGAAGGGCAGCGAAGCAAGGCGACUUCUAGACGGGCGUUACUUCCAUCUCGUCGGAGAAUCCGCUUACACGACCGUUUUCGCGCCCCGGGAAGGCCCAAUCCAGUGCUACAGAUGCCAGGAGAUCGGCCAUAAGGCCUUCGCCUGCAAAAAGCCGCAAAGAUGCGGAAGGUGUGCGGAACAGGGUCACCACCACAAGACGUGUCAGUCCGUGGUCCUGAAGUGCGUGCUAUGCAGAGGACCACACGAGUCAUUUAGCAAGAACUGUCGGAGGUUCGAGCCAGAUUCCAGUGCCGUCGGCAGACCUCACCGCAGCACGCAUCCGGCUCCCAGAUCGGGCAGUGCUGAUGGUGUCAGUCAGACCAACUACUCAGAUGCGCGAUUCACCUCCUGCGACCAUGGCUCAGACCACAGAGCAAUCGAGACAGCUUUUGACACCUCGGUGGAGGACCGUCCCAGUGAGACGAGGUUCCUCUUCAAGAACGCGCCCUGGGCGGAAAUUAGGACUAGGGUGGCAGCAAACCUCGAACGCAUCCCCUGGGACGGCAAUGUCCAGCAGCAGACGGACAGGCUCAUGGCAGCGGUAACCGAGGCGGUCUACGGCCUGACACCUAAAGCCAAACCCUCACCAUACGCCAAGCGGUGGUGGACAACGGACCUGACACGGCUUCGCCAGACAUACACGUUUUGGAGAAACCAGGCGAGAUCUCGACGUAGGAUUGGGCAAACAGCACCAGAGCUCGAACAACGAGCCAGGAUGGCAGCCAAAGAGUACCACGACGCCAUCCGCAGACAGAAGAGUUCGCAUUGGAACGACUUCCUGGCCGAUGACGCUAACAUCUGGCAAGCAACGAAGUACCUGCAAACCGGCAGCGGCACGAUGGGCGAUAAGAUACCCCCGCUCGUCCGACCCGAUGGCUCCAUCACGGAGGGUAAAGCAGAACAAGCGCAGGAGUUACUCACCGCCUUCUUCCCACCUUUGCCAGCGAGAAUCGAAGACGAGGGCCAACGACCUCAACGGGCGCCGGUACACAUGCCAGACCUAACAAUGGAGGAGAUAGAACAAAAGGUCCUGUCCGCUAAGCCAUGGAAGGCGCCCGGGGAAGACGGUCUACCGGCAAUGGUAUGGAGACAGCUCUGGCCAGUGGUCAAAGACAGGGUGCUCCAUUUAUUCCGGACGUCGCUUCGAGACGGCGACAUCCCCAGCCAGUGGAGGAAUGCCAAGAUCAUCCCAUUGAAGAAGCCAGGGAAGAGCGAAUACACUCUAGCCAAGUCCUGGAGACCCAUCUCGCUGCUCUCCACGCUGGGUAAGAUACUGGAGGCAGUCAUUGCGGAGCGUUUAUCCCAUGCUGUGGAGACCUGCGGCCUUCUACCCGCCAACCACUUCGGAGCCAGGAAGAGACGCUCGACCGAACAGGCUCUCCUUCUGCUUCAGGAACACAUCUACAAAGCAUGGAGAGCUAGGAAGGUGCUCAGUUUGAUCAGCUUCGAUGUCAAGGGCGCAUACAAUGGGGUCUUCAAAGACAGGCUUCUCCAGAGGCUCAAGGCAAGAGGGAUACCUGAACCCCUGGUCAAGUGGAUCGACGCCUUCUGCUCCAAGCGCACAGCGACCAUUGCCGUAAACGGGUUCACAUCUGGACGGCAAGAGCUGCCCCAAGCGGGUCUUCCGCAAGGAUCGCCGCUGUCUCCAGUGUUGUUCCUCUUCUUCAACGCCGACCUAGUGCAGCACAAGAUCGACGCGAACGGAGGCGCAAUUGCCUUCGUGGACGACUACACUGCCUGGGUAACGGGCCCGUCAGCGGAGUCGAACCGCACUGGAAUCCAAGCUAUCAUCGACAAAGCCCUUGACUGGGAGAAACGGAGCGGUGCGCAGUUUGAAGGCGAAAAGACAGCCAUCAUACACUUCACGAGGAACAUGGAGCGAUUUUCAGAACAACCGUUCUCGGUCAAAGGCGAAGUGGUCAAACCGAAGGAAAGUGCGAAAAUCCUAGGUGUCGUGAUGGAUCGCGAACUCCGCUACAAGCAGCACAUUGCUAGGACGGCAGCUAAGGGCCUCGCAGCCGCUCUGGCCCUGAAGAGGCUGAAGAUGCUUUCCCCGCGGACAGCGAGACAGCUAUUUGUUGCGACAGUAGCCCCGGUCAUGGACUACGCUGCCAAUGUCUGGAUGCAUGCGUGCGGGGAAAAGGCACUGAGCUGGCUGAACAGGGCGCAGAAGAUCGGGGCCCUGGCCAUCACGGGAGCCUUUCGAACCGCGGCAACAGCCGUGGUGGAAGCUGAAGCGAGCAUCUACCCCGUACGAGAACGACACGCCCAGGCGGCAGCCAGUCUGUGGAUCAACAUCCACACGCUACCCGGAACGCAUCCCCUUGCCAUGAAGAAAGUCCGGACCACCGUACGAUUCGUAUCUCCGCUGCAGAAAAUUGCCCGCGUGGCCGAAGGAGUACGAGUCGACCGGAUGGAGACAAUCCAGGAAUACGCCGUCCCGCCCUGGGUACCUCGCCUACGACCGACGCUCGAAGCCGAUCGAGGGAAGGCGGCCGAGAUGGUCAACAAAAUUUCGGGAAUCGUGAUCGCAACCAGCUCAUCCGUAAAGAAGGGCAUUGUUUGGCAUGGGCGGCCUUGCACGGGAUACUCUCUUCAACAUGAACUAGCGAGACUGUGA